AGACAAAUCUGCGCGGGUUCGUGCUCCUCUCGCAGUCAUGGCGGCUUUCCGCGACAUGGAGGAGGUGAGCCACGGGCUGCUGAGUCUGCUGGGAGCCAACCGCGCCGAAGCGCAGCAGCGAAGGCUGCUCAGGCGCCACGAGCAGGUGGUGGAGCGACUGCUGGAGACGCAGAACGGCGCGGACCGGCGGCUUCGGGAAACCCUGGCUGUGGAGGAGGAAGUAGCUCAAAGCCUUCUUGAACUGAAGGAAUGUACCCGCCUAGGGGGUACCGAGCUGCAGCAGCUGGAGGCAGAGCUCCGGAAGACCAUUGAGGAGGAUGCCAGUCUGCAGGCCAGCCUCUCUCAGCUGACCACAGAGCUGCAGGAGCUGAAGGAGCUGGAGGCAGGUCUGCAGCAGCAGGAGAGAGAAGUAGACAAGGACACCACUGUCACCAUCCCUUCCGCUGUGUACGUGGCCCAGCUCUAUCACCGGAUUAGUAAAAUCGAGUGGGACUACGAAUGCGAACCAGGCAUGGUCAAAGGCAUCCAUCAUGGCCCCACUGUGGCCCAGCCCAUCCACCUGGACAGCACACAGCUCUCACAGAAGUUCAUCAGUGACUACCUAUGGAGUCUGGUGGACACUGUGUGGUAGGCAGUGCCACACCAGCUAUGCACACAGUGGGGGCCAAGUGGACCUCAGCUGGAUUCCUUCAAAAUAAAUAAAGCAAAUCAUUUUUCUUGUU